AUGUUUUGGAACUUAACCAAAUUGGCAGCACAGACCAGAGGCUACCCUCUUUUUCAAGUUAUCCAGAAGCUUAAACUAGUAAAGGUUGCCCUCAAAGAUUUGAAUAGGAGGAAAUGCAGUGACAUAUCUGGUAGAGUGAAUGAGAUGAGGAAGAAGCUUCAUGACAUCCAAAGAGCCAUGCAGCACCAGUCCAAUCUCAGUCAACUCCAGCAGCUUGAGAAAGAAACCCUAUCUGAGAAAGGCUUAGGCACAAUGAAGAAUCCUUUUAGUUGCAGAAAUCUCGCAACUUUAUUAGCUGGGGCUAUCAGAAGGAGACCAAAACAAAAGUUUCUUCUUUAG